AUCAAGGAGCACUUUCCGCACAUCACUCUGCCUGAUAAACUCGAGUACCCCAGCAUACCCUCCAAGGAUGUCACCGACUUCCUGCACGCAUACGCUCCCUAUAACGACGCGCCUGUCAUCAGCCUCGGGGAUGCCUUUGCCUUGUCGCUGGACCACGCCCCUUUUUUCUUCAAGUCUGCAAUUCCGCCCUUUAAAAGCACCUGCACGGACAUCUGGCUGCCUCCCCCCGUUAUAGACAACUUCGUUAACGGUUUCAUCAACACGUUUCUAGGAUCGGGUUAUGCAGCGGUGCACCUUAGGCGGAGCGAUUUCGCGCAGCAUUACCGAAAGGAGAACAGCGAGGAGAAGGCGCGUGCUGCCUACCUUCCCAUAGCCACGGUCGCACAGUUUAUUGUUGGGAGGCUGGAAGAUACGGGCACAUCUGUGGUGUACCUUGCAACUGAUGCAAGCCCGUCUGAGGUUGAGCUGCUGGAGAGGCUGCUUCUUG